AGAGUGAGAGAGUAAGAAAGAGAGAGAGAGACUGCAGCAUCGCCGGAGACCGGAGGCAACAGCAGCAGCAGCAGUCCCGAGCAGUGCAGGUGAGAGGGAGGAGAAAAAGAGCUCGAGGAGGAGGAGGAGGAGUGAGUGAGAGAGAGAGAGAGAAUGCGGGACUCUUGGAAGAAAGACGCAUCUCCUUUCGGCCCAACACCGCUGCAUGCUGGCAUCCAUCAAGCCAUCUAUCCCGAGGAGGGAUUACUCCAAAACUGAUCUAUGUCGGGUAACCGGUCAAGCACACCAACAAACGGGGGAUACGUCAGUUUUUUGUUUUCUUUUAAUUUGGUGAGGAGAAAAUAUUAGAAAAAACUCGCUCUGGUCCUCUUCCUCUAACUUGCGUAAAGGAAUCUGAGUGCUUGGCACGUUGUUCCACUGCGGGAAACGCGGCUGUACUAGAAGUGGUGCUGCAUUGCAGUUUCUAACUGAAAAGCCUCUGUCCCGAAUGUGACUGGAAUCAAAAGAACUUCCAAAUGGGCAUUAUGAAUUGAUAAGAGCCUCUUUAGGAUAGCUCUGCGAUGUAAAGAGUGAAGUGGAUUUAAUCAAAGGUUAAUGAAUAGCAAGCAGGAUGGAUUUCCUUUUUGCAUCCUUAUGGCUUGAAGAGGCGAGUAAGACUGCAGAAAUAUUUUUAUAGAAGUUCAAAACCCACCAGAGUGUAGGAGGAGAGGAGCAAAAAAGAAAGGAAAGAAAGGAUCUGCUGAAGUGAACUACACUGAAGCUUUUCCCGGACCCCAGGCGGCAGUCCGCAGAGAGCGAUAGAGACGGUAAGAAUUGAUAAAUCAGACACCCACGCUGUGGAGCUGCACCAGACCACAAAACACCAAUAAACCAAGAGAGGAGCCCACAGCUGGGUGUUGAGGAGGAAAGAAACAGGAAGGAGCCAUGCCGAGGUUUGGUGCAGUGCACUCUGUAGUGUUGUUGCUGCAGCUGCUGACUCAGCUACCGGCUUCAGACUCAGCUCUUCGGUACCGGGUGGCAGAGGAGGGCCCGCCGGAUGUUCGGAUCGGCAGCGUGGCCGCGGAUCUGGGCCUCACGGCGGGCACAGGCAGCGGGGACGUCACCUUCGCCCUUGAGAGUGGUUCAGAGUACUUCAAGAUUGACAACGUGACAGGUGAGCUGACCACAGGCCCGCGGCGCAUUGACAGAGAGAAGCUCCCACAGUGCCAGAUGAUCUUUGAUGAGAACGAGUGCUUCUUGGACUUUGAGGUAUCAGUGAUUGGGCCGCUGCAGAGCUGGGUAGACCUCUUCGAAGGCCGAGUUGUCAUCACAGACAUCAAUGACAACACGCCUUCCUUCCCCUCACCUGUCCUGCAGCUCUCUGUUGAGGAGAAUCGCCCCAUUGGAACUCUCUACCUGCUCCCCACGGCCACGGACAGGGAUUUCGGGCGGAAUGGCAUUGACCGCUAUGAGCUUAUCCAAGAUAAUGGAGCUGGGUCAAGUUUAACGAGGCGCACAGCAGGAGGAAACCCCAUUACUAGAGUGGAUGGACUUGACCGCAGGGGCAGAAGUGGUGAUAGUGGAGGAGGAGCGAGGAGCAGUGUGUUUGAGCUGCAAGUAGCAGACAUACCAGAUGGUGAGAAGCAGCCUCAGCUCAUCGUGAAGGGCACACUGGAUAGAGAGCAGAAGGACUCAUAUGAGCUGAUCCUCAAAGUUCGUGAUGGAGGGAACCCACCACGUUCCUCCCAAGCUCUGCUUCGGGUUUCUAUCACUGAUGUAAAUGACAACAGUCCACAGUUUGAGAGGUCUACAUAUGAAGCUGAGAUGACUGAAAAUGCUCCUCCAGGUACACCUGUUCUCCAGGUCAGGGCUUCUGACCGGGACAUUGGAGUGAAUGGGCAGGUGGAGUACGUAUUUGGAGCUGCUACUGAAAAUGUCAGGCGACUCCUGCGGCUAGAUGAGGCAACUGGUUGGUUGAGUGUUCUUCACAGGAUUGACAGAGAGGAGGUGGCCCAGCUGAAGUUCACAGUGAUGGCCAAAGACCGGGGUCAGCCUCCCAGGACUGACCGCACCACAGUGGUUCUGGGUGUACGGGAUGAAAAUGACAAUGUUCCGGUUGUGGAGAUCAGAAAGAUCGGACGGAUCCUUGUCCGGGAUGGAGCGGCACUGGUGCCAGAGAAUGUCCUGGUGGACACGCCUGUGGCUCUGGUCCAGGUGUCAGAUCGAGACCAGGGAGAGAAUGGGGCGGUGACCUGCACGGUGGUAGGAGAUGUCCCAUUCACUCUGAAGCCAGCGGGUGAAACACUACUCCCACCCCCGCCUGCAGAUGAAGCCUUUGACAGAAACAAGAAAAAAUAUUUCCUACACACUUCAGCCUUGCUGGACUAUGAGGCCAUUAAAGAGUACAGUGUAACCAUUGUGGCAGUAGAUUCCGGCAGCCCCAGUCUAUCUAGUAAUAGCUCGUUGAUGGUGCGGGUGGUAGACAUCAACGAUCAUGCUCCGAUCUUUGCUCAGAGCAAUGUGGAGGUCCACUUUGCAGAGAACAAUGGACCUGGUGAAAGGGUGGUCACUGUAGUUGCCACAGAUGCAGACAGUGGCAAAAAUGCUGAAAUUGCAUAUUCCUUGGACCCAGCGUCUAAUGUACCUUUUUACAUAGAUGCAGAUAAUGGAGAUAUUCGAGCUACAGGGAUUCUGGACCGUGAGCAACGAGAGAGGUAUGAGUUGCGAGUACUUGCAAAAGACAAAGGCACACCCUCUCUGCAAGGGUCUGCAACCGUUGCUGUACAGGUGACUGAUCGUAACGACAACGCACCGAAGUUUGUUCAAGAAAUCUUCACAUUUUAUGUAAAAGAGAACCUGCUAGCCAACAGUCCAGUCGGCAUGGUUACAGUGACUGAUGCAGACGAAGGUGAGAACGCAGAGCUCAGCCUAUUUGUUGAGGUAGAUGGGGCAGAUGGAAAGACGGCAGGGGAGAAGGUGGAGGGAGAAGAUAGCGCGAAUGAGCAAGAAGAGCUAUUCUCUAUUGAGAACAAUACAGGAACAAUUUUUUCUGCUGCAUCAUUUGACCGUGAAAGGCUUUCCACCUACACCUUCCGCGUCCGGGCUGUGGAUGGAGGGGAGCCCCGCAAAACCGCCACCGCCACCGUCUCGCUUUUUGUGACAGAUGAAAAUGACAACGCACCUUCAAUCACCUCUCCUGCCAAUGAGUCCUACACACUCCUACCACCUGCCAGCAGUGCCCGCACCAUUGUCAGAACUGUAACGGCCAUAGACUCAGACACAGGCCCAAAUGCUGACCUUCACUAUGCAUUAGUGGGAGGAAAUCCGUUCAGACUGUUUGAGAUUGGCCACACCAAUGGAGUUAUCACCCUGGCAGAGCCUCUUGAGCGGCGCCACAGAGGUCUGCAUCGCCUGGUUGUACGAGUCAACGACAGUGGCAUCCCUUCGCUUUGUGCCACCGCACUGGUUCACAUCUUCAUCAAUGAGAGCUUGGCAAAUGCCACCCUAGUGGAUGCACAGGUUGCCCGUAGCCUGAUGGCCCCACUGUCUCUAGACAUUGCCGGAGACCCAGACAGUGAACGUGCGUUGGGAAAACAGCGCCUCAGUGUUGCCAUUGGCGUCCUCGCGGGAGCAGCAGCAGUCAUCUUGGUGAUUCUUCUUGUGGUCACGGCCAGACAGUGUGGGGCUCAGGGCAAGAACGGCUAUGAGGCUGGUAAGAAGGAGCCAGAGGAAGACUUCUUCAGUCCGUCAGGGGCUCAACCUCAAGCCAGUCGAGGCAGUGGAUCUGACCGUGGUCGUAAACCGAGGCGAGACAAGCGUGGAGGAGGCAGUGGUGGCACAGCUGGAGGGGGAGGGAAGUCAGACAGAUCUCUAUACAGUGGCAUUGUAACAGUUAAUGGCCUGCAUCGCCACAUCAACGAUGAAGAUGAGGAGGAACUGAGCAGUGCUAGUGAGCGCCUAGCAGCCCGCUACUGUGCUGUGGACGGUGACCCAGGCAGCCCACGAAUGGGUGGUGGCAGAAGACACCAGUCAAGCCCCGAUCUUGCUAGGCAUUACAAAUCUAGUUCGCCUCUCCCUGCAGUGAAUCUCCAGCCUCAUUCACCCCCAGCGGAGGGAAAGAAGCACCAGGCAGUGCAGGAGCUGCCUCCUUCCAACACCUUCGUGGGUAGCGGCGGGUGUGUGGGGAGUGCCGGCUCCAGUAGCAGCAGCACUGGAGGUAGUGGCAACGCAGAUGCCAUGUCCCUGGGAUCAGACCAAUGCUCAGAUUACAGCUGCCAGGCUGCGAACAAGUACAGCAAACAGGGGACCCUUCGCCGGGUGACCUUCUCGGUCGUAAGCCAACCUCAGGACGGUGGUUGCUAUGACAGUGGGCUGGAAGACUCGGAAACACCAAGCAGCAAGAGCUCGUCAGGGCCGCGGAUGGGAGCCCUGCCUCUUCCCGAAGAAGGUUACGAGCGCACGACGCCAGAGGGGAGUGUGGGGGAGGAAGAGCACGUAGAGAACGACGCUAGACAGCUGCCAGAUGUAGCACUAACUGGAAAGUGCACCAGGGAGUGCGAUGAGUUCGGCCACUCUGACACAUGCUGGAUGCCCGUUCGCCCUUCACCGCGGCAACGGCAGCGACACGGAAGUGACCCUCCACGUCUCUCAACCUUCGCCCCAGGUGACGACAACAACAACCUCCGUGGCAAUGACCGUGAAAGCGACAGUGAGAGCGCCGGCAGUGCAGGGAGCUCGGAGCCUGGGGUCGUAGUUGGAGGAGAGGGUCAGAGGUUACCCCUGGUCAAUGGCGACCCCCUCGGCACCCUGGGCCGCGGAGACCGCAACAGGAACAUGGGUGACCACAACCGGAAUCUUCUGAACCGCAAAAUGACUUCCACAUCCUACGACACAUUCAGCGGUGCGGGCCUUGGGAGGUGCCAGCCCGAGGAUGAGGGAGGAGAGGGCAAGAACCCACCUGAGGUCAUACCACUAGCGCGGACUGGAGGGGACUACAAGACGACCUCCUGCCUUACAUUGUCACGCCGGGAGGUCUACCUGUAACAGCCUGGAGGUUGAGCAAUCCCAAUGAAACUUCUACAUUUGUUUGUUGAAGAUAGAGGUUGCAAUCUGCACAGACAAUUCAUCAGUGUGGUUGGUGUUUUCAGCCUGCUAAGAUGUGAAAAGGUCAAAUGGAUGCUUUCAAAAAGCUAAUAUUAAACUGUAACUUUUAGACUCGGACUAACAAAUAUCAGCACUUAAACCUGAAUAAGUCAUUGAUCAGCUCUUGGACUUGGAACUCUUUCUAAAAAAACUGUUUUUUUUAUAACUGCUGAAAGCUACCUAAAAGGCAAUGACUGUGUGUGUCUGAGGGGAGGAAAUCAAUAUUUCUUUCCGUUUUUUUUUUUUACUAAAUCCAAUGCAUGCCCGACUCUUUGACCAUAGAGGUAUCUAUGUGAAGAAGACUGUGUGAACUCUGAUGCUCUAAAUGGCUGGGUGCAUCUAAAGAAACUGAGGCUUCAGCAGGCCAGAACUGGACUCCUCUGGUGAGAUAUAGCUGAAAGACAGCUGAAAUUUCCCCCUGUGGAAAAAACAGACGAGAAGAAAAUGGCGAGUUUUUCAAUUAAAUUGAUCUAAUUCAAAGUGGUCAAACUUUCCUAUGCUUACAGUUCCUUGCAAAAGUGUUCAUAUCCCUACAUCUUUACCACAGUUUGUUACAACCUUUAAACUUACAUAUAUUUUAUUGGAAUUUUUGUGACAAACUAUUACAAAGUAGCGAUCUACUUCCUUUAAAACUAACAGUGCAUCUUCCUGAACACACCAACAGGGACACUUCAUGCCUUUCUUCAGCAGGGACAAGGAAGCUGGUCAGAGUUGAUGAGAAGAUGUUUGGAGCUAAUAGAGGUCCAUCCUGGAAAAAAACCUGUUAGAGGCUGCAGAAGACUUGAGAUUGGUGCUGAGGUUAGCCUUCCAGUAUGAUCACAAACCUAAGCAUACAGCCAGCGGCAUAAUGGAAUGGUUUCGAUCAAGGAAUAUUCAUGUGUUAGAAUGGCCCACAGGUUUCCUUUGCAGUCUUGAAAAGUCUGGAAAAAUCUUGAAUUUGAUUAUAUUGUUUUUCAUGUCUGGAUAAAGUGUUAAUUGAGGAUGGAGUUUACAGAUGUUUGGCUUUAUGUUACUAGAAGAUAAAAGAAACACCCACUAAUUCAUUAACUGGAAAAAGACUAUUUCACUCUUUUUGUAACCUAAAAACUAUUUUAUUUCUUGGUUUCUGACUAGACUCAAUGUUCUUGAACUGGGUUCACUUUAGAUUUUAAAUAAAACAUAAAUUCCUGCUUUUCUUCCCAUCAUAAACUGUGAUUUAAAGGCUCUGUAUUUUACCUGGAUAAUCCCAUCUAGAGUGUAGUAAAUGUAUUAUAGAUUUCAACUGACCUAACUUCGAGAUAAAAAACAAAUGACUGUGAAUUAGCCCUUUACUUUCAGAACUGUGGUUUUCCUGAUUUGCGGGGGGGAAAGAUAAAACUGGAUUAUGUAAAUACUUUUUACUCAGAUAGCUAUUAUCCAGUAAAAACAGAUGUAAUAAAUGUAGAAAAAAAUAGCUCACGAAAAGAAUGUAACUUCAAAAUGGAAAAUUUGUAGGAAUCCUUGCCAUA